UAGGAUUAGCUUGUGACAAAUGCCUAUGCAUAAGAAUUGAUAAAUAUGAAUGGGAGAUGAAUUGUGCCAUGGCAUUAUUUCAAGCAGUGAAUGGCCCUCAAUUUACACAUCAUUAAUCAUGGUCCUGUUGCAUCCUGUCUCAAUCAACUGGACACUGCCUAGCAGAAAUAUAUAUCAUAAGGUCUAAUUUUCAGUAUAACUGUACCAAAAUGAAGGAUGUUAUUGAUGUGCUGCAGCUUCAGCGAGAGAAAAGUAGACAAGUUCCAGCCAUAGACUAUACGGAAACAGAGAACAGCUUCAUUGCAGUGAGAUAUAUUUUUGAAUGUGGUAUCAAACUAGAUGCCCAGCCACUGACCAUAGCAACAGCUGCGAUCUUGUAUCACAGGUUUUUCAAGGAAACAGACAGUGCAGGUUAUGACAGUUAUCUUAUAGCUGCGACAACACUCUACCUGGCAGGGAAAGUGAAGGAUGACCCGCUCAAAAUCAGGGAUGUUAUAAAUGUUACGCACAACACACUUCAUAGGGGGUCAGUUCCUCUGGAACUAGGAGAUGAGUACUGGAACAUGAGAGAUGCCAUUGUCCAGGCAGAACUGCUGAUCAUGAGGAUGCUGAAGUUCGAAGUCACCGUUGUUCAUCCACAUAGAUACCUGCUGCACUAUCUCAAGUCUCUGGAAGGUUGGUUUCCACAGGAAGAGUGGGACAAGGUCCCUCUUGUAAAAGCAUCAUUUGCAUUUCUUCAGGAUUUCCAUUUUGAUGCGGCAAUACUGGACUACACACCCCAGCACACAGCUGUGGCUUGUAUCAAUUUGGCUCUUCAAUGUUAUGGUGUGCAGGUGCCAUACACAGAUGAAGCAGAUGGAGGUGUGGCUUGGUACUCUGUUUUUGUUGAGGACUUGCAGAAAGAUAAGCUGUGGGAGAUAAUGGAGAAGAUCAUGGAAGUGUAUGAGAAGGAGCCAGAUGCAAAGUAACUGCACUGUGACACAGAUGUACUGGAACAUGAGCUGCUUUUAGUAUUGUAUCGUUCUUACUUCUGACUGUUCUUGUUACCUUGGCAGUCUUACUUCCGACCUCGUCUCCAUGUUGCCAUUCAUUUUUCCUCAGGUUUCAUAUAGCAAAGUAGCUUGUGAUAAAUUUGCUAUUUUUGUUGAUAUAACCUGUCUCUUUGUAAAAUGAAAAAUAACAAUUGGUGACUACAUGAUAAAGCAUUUGUUUUUUUAUUAUGAUAAAUGGCUCUUUGUAGCAUUAUGUUAUAAACAUAAUUACUGAAAUUAUACAUUCAUAUUGUUUUUGUAUGUUGAUAACUACAUUCCUACUGGAGAGAACUGCAUAAUAAAGGUUUUUGUGAUUAA